CUGCAGCAGCAUGAUGACAAAUUCGUCCCCCAAAUUUCAGAAUCCCUCGACGGCGACGGAGGCGAGGAAUUCGUGAUGGUAGCUCGCCGGCGAAAGCAGCAGCGGGUCCAGCUGUGUGGGAAGGAGAAGAGGAGCUCGUAAUACGUGCAGAUUUACUUCGAAUGCGCUCAAUGUCUGGAUUUUCUACAUCCGGAAUUUAAGCAAUAACAUUAAGAUACCCUAAGUGAGAAGCUUGAAAUGGGAACCAACAAGGAGGAGAAGUUCAAGUUCUGCAUUGAUAGGGGUGGAACAUUCACAGAUAUCUAUGCAGAAGUUCCCGGUCGAAACGAUUGUUGUGUGAUGAAACUUCUCUCAGUUGAUCCAGCAAACUAUGAAGAUGCCCCCAUCGAAGGAAUUAGGAGAAUCCUUGAAGAGCACACUGGUAAUAAAAUCCCCCGCUCUUCAAAAAUUCCCACAGACAAGAUUGAAUGGAUCCGUAUGGGCACCACUGUUGCCACAAACGCUCUUCUUGAACGUAAAGGUGAAAGGAUUGCUCUUUGUGUGACUAAAGGUUUCAAGGAUUUGCUGCAAAUUGGAAACCAAGCACGUCCAAACAUAUUUGAUCUCAAAGUUUCCAAGCCUUCUAAUCUCUAUGAGGAGGUAAUUGAGGCGGACGAGAGGAUAGAACUUCUUCUCGAACCCCCGGAGCUGAAUUCCUCUCCUUCCGUGGUCGAAGGUGUUUCUGGGGAGCUUGUCACUGUGUCGAAACCCCUGGACGUCGAAGCACUCAAACCUCUCUUGAAUGGGUUACUAUCCAAAGGAAUUAAAUGUUUGGCUGUUGUUUUAAUCCAUUCCUAUACUUACCGUCACCACGAAAUCAUGAUCGAGAAGUUAGCUUUGAGCAUGGGUUUCAGGCAUGUUUCGCUGUCUUCCUCUUUGACUCCAAUGAUCCGUGCGGUGCCUCGAGGUCUGACGGCUAGCGUCGAUGCAUACUUAACCCCAGUCAUCAAGGAAUACUUAACUGGCUUCAUGUCUAAAUUUGAGGGGGGUGCGGAGAAGUUGAAUGUGCUAUUCAUGCAAUCAGAUGGCGGUCUGGCUCCGGAGCAGCGAUUUUCUGGCCAUAAAGCUGUUCUUUCAGGGCCUGCCGGAGGGGUCGUCGGCUAUUCACAAACCCUCUUUGGUCUCGAAACAUCAAAACCUUUGAUCGGAUUUGAUAUGGGUGGCACAUCAACUGAUGUUAGCCGCUACGACGGAAGCUAUGAACAGGUACUGGAGACUCAGAUUGCUGGAGCCAUAAUUCAAGCCCCACAGCUUGAUAUAAACACUGUUGCUGCCGGUGGCGGUUCGAAGCUCAAGUUCCAGUUUGGAUCCUUCCGUGUUGGGCCUGAAUCUGUGGGGGCUCAUCCUGGUCCAGUUUGCUACAGAAAGGGUGGCGAGUUAGCCAUUACUGAUGCUAAUUUGAUACUGGGUACUGUUAUUCCAGAUUUCUUCCCCUCCAUCUUCGGUCCAGAUGAAAACCAGCCUUUAGAUGUUGAAUCUACCCGAAAAGCAUUUGAAAAGUUGUCUGUUGAGAUAAAUUCUUAUAAAAGAAGACAGGACCCAUCUGCCAAGGAUAUGACUGUGGAAGAGAUUGCUCUUGGUUUUAUCAAUGUGGCUAAUGAGACGAUGUGUCGACCGAUCCGACAAUUAACAGAAAUGAAGGGACAUGAGACCCGAAACCAUGCCCUCGCCUGCUUUGGAGGCGCAGGCCCUCAGCACGCCUGCGCCAUUGCUCGGUCAUUGGGUAUGUCUGAAGUACUCAUCCACCGAUACUGUGGCAUAUUGAGCGCUUAUGGAAUGGGCUUGGCUGAUGUUGUUGAAGAAUCACAAGAGCCUUAUGCAUCGGUUUAUGCUCCAGAUUCAUCCAUGGAGGCAGCCCGACGAGAGUUGCAGCUAAAAGAUAAAGUAAAGCAGAAGCUACGAGAGCAAGGAUUUAGCGACGAAAACAUUGCAACUGAGUCGUAUCUGAACUUAAGAUAUGAGGGUACUGACACUGCCAUCAUGGUGAAGCGGCAUGUAGAAGGCGAAGAAAACGAUUUUGCUUCUGAGUUUGUGAAGCUCUUCCAGCAAGAGUAUGGAUUCAAGCUUCAGAACAGGAAAAUUCUCAUCUCUGAUGUGAGAGUUCGAGGUAUUGGAGUUACGAACAUUCUGAGGCCUCGUGAGCUCAAGCCGGUUUCAGGAAACCCUGUGAAUGAGGGUGAAUGCAUGAUCUAUUUUGGAUCUGGGUGGCAACAUACUCCAUUGUUUGUGCUUGAGAAGUUGGGAUAUGGACACAUUUUGGAAGGCCCUGCAAUCAUCAUGAACGGAAACAGCACCGUGAUCGUCGAGCCCAAGUGCAGGGCAUCAAUUACCAAGUAUGGAAAUAUAAAAAUCGAGAUUGAUUCGUCCCCAAACACCAUCAAAAUAUCUGAACAAAUUGCAGAUGUUGUGCAACUCUCUAUCUUCAAUCAUAGAUUCAUGGGCAUCGCAGAACAAAUGGGCCGGACUCUACAAAGAACCUCCAUUUCUACGAAUAUCAAGGAGAGGCUCGACUUCUCCUGCGCUUUGUUUAGUCCAGACGGUGGACUUGUUGCGAACGCCCCGCACGUACCCGUGCAUCUUGGAGCCAUGUCGAGCACCGUUCGAUGGCAACUUGAGUAUUGGGGCGACGAUCUUCAUGAAGGCGAUGUUUUGGUAACCAAUCAUCCAUGUGCUGGUGGAAGCCAUCUACCUGAUAUAACUGUUGUCACUCCUGUUUUUGAUGAUUCAAAGCUUGUCUUCUUCGUGGCAAGCAGAGGUCACCAUGCAGAGAUUGGUGGCAUUACUCCUGGGAGCAUGCCUCCUUUCUCAAAAUCCAUUUGGGAAGAAGGAGCUGCCAUUAAAGCACUGAAACUUGUUGAUAGAGGAAUCUUCCAGGAAGAGAGAAUCAUCAAUCUGCUUCGAUCACGAAACUCCGACGAAAACUCUGGUUUUAAGAUUCCAGGAACUCGUAGGCUCAGCGACAAUCUAUCUGAUCUCAGAGCUCAGGUGGCCGCAAACCAGAGGGGGAUAUCCCUGAUCAAAGAACUCAUCGUGCAGCACGGAUUGGAAACCGUCCAGUCCUACAUGAUUCACGUCCAGCGAAAUGCUGAAGAUGCGGUCAGGGAGAUGCUGAAGUCGGUGGCCGCCACUCGCUCGUGCAUCAUCGAGGAAGAGGACUAUAUGGAUGAUGGCUCUGUCAUCCAUUUAAAGCUCUCCAUCGAUGCAAAAACCGGCGAAGCCACCUUCGAUUUUAACGGAACCAGCCCGGAAGUCUAUGGUAACUGGAACGCCCCGCCGGCGGUGACAGCCGCCGCCGUAAUCUACUGUCUUCGCUGCCUGCUUGACGUUGACAUCCCUCUGAAUCAGGGAUGUCUGGCACCUGUAAAAAUCUCCAUUCCGGAAGGCUCUUUCCUCUCUCCAAGUGAGAAAGCUGCAGUUGUUGGUGGCAAUGUGCUGACUUCACAGAGAGUGACUGAUGUGGUACUCACAGCUUUCCAGGCUUGUGCGUGCUCCCAGGGCUGCAUGAACAAUCUAACCUUUGGAGACAAUAGUUUUGGUUACUAUGAGACAAUUGGUGGGGGUAGUGGAGCUGGACCUAACUGGCAUGGAACCAGUGGAGUUCAAUGCCACAUGACGAACACGCGGAUGACGGACCCAGAGAUUUUCGAGCAGAGAUAUCCGGUUUUGCUGCGAAGGUUCGGCCUUCGACCGGAGAGCGGCGGAGCCGGGCGUUACAGAGGCGGUGAUGGUCUUGUGAGGGAGAUUGAAUUCCGGCGGCCGGUUGUCGUGAGUGUGCUCAGUGAAAGGAGAGUGUUUGCUCCGAGAGGCUUGAAGGGUGGGGAGAAUGGAUCUCGUGGGGCUAAUUAUCUGAUCAGGAAGGAUAAGAGGAGGGUUUAUUUGGGAGGUAAGAACACAGUUGAGGUUGAAGCUGGUGAGGUUCUUCAGAUCUUAACUCCAGGUGGUGGAGGAUGGGGAGCUUCUUCCCAUAAUACAUAGGACUUCAUUA